AAGCGCAGCGCAACACAUGUUGUGGUUCGCACAUUGCAGCCCGCUUCCUGAGGGGAAACGUCAACGGCAGGCAAAGAGGCGGUCCCUGGCAGACACCUACAAAGCCUUGGGUAUGCCCAAGAAGUUUGGAGUAUUCUCAUGUCGUUGCGCGUGGAACUAUGGAACUCCGUAAGAACGAGGAGCAGCAUCCGCUGGGGCCAGGGGGCAACAGGCAUGCCGACACCGCUCAAAAGCCGACCACACGCAAUAUCCUGAUAGCGGCCGUUCUGGCUCUACUGCUCAUCACCACCAUCCUGUCUAUUGCCUUUGCCUUGAAGUCGUCAGCCAGCUCCACAAACAAGAGCAGCUGUAAGAGCCAGUGUGGGGCAGCUCCGUCGGGGUCGGAGGCGUGCCAAUGCGACCCGCAGUGUGUGGCGGAGGGAAACUGCUGCCUGGACUACAGCGAAGUGUGCGUGGAGCCCUUGAAGUCCUGGGUGUGCACUAAGUUCCGCUGUGGCGAGGAGUCGUUGCCCCAGAGUCUGUGCUCCUGCUCUUACGAGUGUGUGAAGCUCGGGACCUGCUGUGCCAACUAUAACAACACAUGUGCAGGUUCGGUGCCGUGGCUAAAGGAGGAAUGCGAGGACCUCACAGAGCCACAGUGUCCUGCAGGGUUCUCCAAGCCCCCUCUCAUCCUGGUAUCUCUGGAUGGCUUCAGAGCAUCGUACAUGAAGUCCUACGAGGUCCAGAUGCCUGUCAUCUCCAAACUCAGGAGAUGUGGCACUACAGCAUCCCACAUGAGGCCUGUGUACCCGACCAAGACCUUCCCCAACCACUACACCAUUGUCACGGGUCUGUACCCUGAAUCUCAUGGCAUAGUGGACAACAAGAUGUAUGACGUGACCAGAAAUGCCGACUUCUCGUUGCGAAGCCCAGAGAAGUUCAACGCCAAAUGGUACCAAGGAGAACCGGUGUGGUUGAGUGCCAUGAGGCACGGCAUGAAAUCCGGAACGUUCUUCUGGCCCGGAGCGGACGUGGCCAUCCAAGGGAAGUUCCCCGACUACUACAAGGUCUAUGACGGGAAGGUCCCAUAUGAGAAGAGAGUGAAUACGAUUCUGGAGUGGCUAGGCCUGCCUGAGGGACAAAGGCCAGACCUCUACACUCUUUAUUUGGAAGAGCCUGACCAGUCUGGACAUGUAUUUGGACCAAAGAGCAGUCAGGUGAUUCAAGCCUUGAUGAAGGUGGAUGGCAUCAUGGGACUGCUGAUGGAGGGCCUGAAGAUGAGGAACCUGCACAAGUGUGUGAACGUGAUCAUCCUGUCUGACCACGGCAUGGAGUCGGGCAGCUGCAGCAAGGCGGUGUACCUCAGCCAGUACCCGGUCAACACAGCCGACUUCACCCUCAUCAUGGGGCCCGCUGCCCGGAUACGACCCAAGAGGCUCCCCGACGAGUUCCACACCUUUGACUAUGAGGGAGUAAUCGCUAAUCUUUCGUGUAAGACUCCUGACCAGCCUAUGCGUCCCUACCUGAAGGAGCAUCUGCCUAAGAGGUUCCACUUCGCUAGUAACGUGCGCAUCGAGAGAGGCCACCUGUACAUGAAGGAGGCCUAUUGGGCUGCUAUAGACUCAUGGGACAGGAAGUACUGCUCCGGGGGAUUCCACGGCUCCGACAACGUCUUCCCCAGCAUGCAGGCUAUAUUUAUAGGCCAUGGACCUGGGUUUAAGCACCGGACUACUGUUCCCCCUUUUGAAAACAUUGAAGUGUACAACCUAAUGUGUGACCUGAUGGGCGUGACUCCGGCGCCCAAUAACGGCACCCACGGCAGCCUGAACCACCUGUUGAAGCAUCCGCGCCACGUGCCCGCCUACCCAGCAGAGUUAAGCUCCGCAUCUUCCUGCUCCGCCUCCGUCUCCCUGCCAACCGACGACCUGGGCUGCACCUGUAGUGACCUCACUGAAGCACGGGUGCAGCAGCUGAACCACAAGCUCAUGCAGGAUUCAGAUGACGACGUGCGGUCGAUGCACCUGCCGUACGGUGUGCCCAGGGUGAUGCAGGAGGAUGCCGAGCACUGUGUCCUCCACCAAGAGGACUACGUGACGGGAUACAGCAAGGACAUCCGCAUGCCGCUCUGGGUCGCGUACACACUCACGCCGGAGGAGAGUCGGUGGAGGUCUAUGGCGGAGGGCCAGGCGUGUGUGCGUGCCGACGUGCGGGUUCCUCCCAGCCAGAGCCAAGCCUGCAGCACGUACCAGGACAACCCCACACACACCUACGGCCUGCUGCACCCACCCAAUCUCAGCAACGUCAGCAGUAAGUGGGACUCUCUCCUCACCAGCAACAUGGCUCCCAUGUACACCACCUUUGGAGAUGUGUGGAGGCAUUUCCAUGAAGCGGUGGUGAUGAAGUACGUGAAGCAGAUGAACGGGGUGAAUGUGGUCAGUGGGCCGGUCUUCGAUACCAACUAUGAUGGCCACUACGAUGACCAGACCAAGACAACACUGAAUGAGGCCCCGACACCAACUCACUUCUUCGUGGUCCUGACGAGCUGCGGGAACGUCUCCGUGUCCCCCCACGAGUGCCAGGGAGCCCUGGAGGCGGUGGCCUUUGUCCUACCUCACCGGCCCGACACGCAGGAGAUGUGCUGGACGGAGGGUGACCUGUCCUGGGUGGAGCCCUGGUCCCAGCUUCAUGUGGCCCGAGUCCGGGACGUGGAGCUCCUGACGGGGCUGAGCUUCUACCACGACCGCCUGGAGAUAGACAGCAUCAUCCAGCUCAAGACCUCCCUGAAAACAUUCUAGAACAGGGAUUAGAUGGGCAACUGUCAUAAUAAGGAGCACCACAUCAUUUAUUUCAUCGCCACCAUCGUACGGCCACAUGAACAAUUGCAGAUUCAAAGUGUAGUCGGUCGACUACUGACCACCGAAAUGGUUUGGAAGGAAUAGGAGUCCUCUUUAUCGGCUAAUUUCAACAAUUUGAUUCAGCAGUAGUUUUUUUAAAAAGUGAGGUAAUUAUUUUUUAAUGUAUGCUUUGUCUAUGGGCCGCACUCACUGAGGGGGCAGGCAGCAUGUGGCCCGCGGGCCUCCAGUUGGCCAUCCCUGUUCUAGAAUACUCACCAUCCACCAGCUCCCCCUGGUGGAAGGAAAGGGGAAGGACACUUUUCUUGUACAUUUCUUUUUCUAUCCCACUGUUGGGGGAUCACAACAUUAUUUGGUCAAUAUGUGACAUAUCACGAGGACAACCAAACAAAAAUUGAGGUUUACCAAAGAGUAUUCCACUCCAAAUGUCUCUUGCCUACAUGUGGCUGUGUCUUUGUGUGUGUGUGUGUGUGUGUGUGUGUGUGUGUGUGUGUGUC